CCGGGCGGCCGAGGAGCCCCACGCUGCCCCGGGGGUACCCGCCGGGCAGCGGGGCCGCGCUCCCGCCCGGCCAGCUCUUACAGCAGUAUGUGGCCUAGAAGGGCUCCAUCAGGUUAGGCCAGUGUGCGGUCCAGCCUCAGACCCAGGGUACCGCCGAGUCUGCGGGCGGAGUGGCGAGGUCGCGGCGCAGCCCUGCCGCGCGGUGAGCGCCGGGUCCCCGCCGCAGAGCGGCCUCGGAGCACCGAGCCCCACUGAUGAGCCUGGGCCGGGGUCUUCGGUGCCCCGAGACCCGCCCCGCGUUUGGGGAAACGUGGCGUGCGUUCGCGCCGGUGGUUUCAGAGCACAGGGGCCGCCGCACUGCGGCCCCAGCAAGUGAUCCCUGUUCCCGCAGCCAGUCCAGGGCCUCGGGGCCUGCCAAGGAAGCUUCUGGAACUAGGACUUCCGCCCACCCCGCCGGCGGUGGCGGGGGGUGGGCGGCUCCCGCCCGGGGGUCGCGGCGCCUUUAAGGGCCGCGCCCGUGCACGGGGCGGGGGCGGGCCGUCGCUUAGGAACGGGACGCCGCGCCGCCGCCCGCGCCUUCUGUGCCCCCGGAGCGCGGGGCCACCGAGGCGGGAUGUCGGAGGAGGACCCCCAAGCGUGCGCGGAGCCAGAGGAGCCCAAGGCCGGGCCCCCGCCGGAGAAAACCAGCGACUGCUACCGCGUGAGCGAGGACCUGCCGGCCAGGUUCAACAACCCGGCCUGGUUUCGGGGCUACAGGACCAAGGAGCCCCCCUCAGUGUACAAGACCAGUAACCAAGUUUAUGGUAGCAGAGCCCCCACUGUGCACGAGAUGCCGAAGGUGUUUUAUCCAAAGUCGUAUAAGUUUUCUAGACAAGUUGCAGUGGGUGGAAUGUUCCAGAACAACACUCUCAAUGUCUACAUGGAGAAGAGCAUCGUGACGGGUCCUGACAACUACAUCACCUCCUACGACCGGCUCAACUUCCACCGCAGCUACCGGGUCUGCAGGCCGUCCUUCUGUGACUGAGGGGCCUCCCGGCUCCUCCGGCCGCCGUCUGCCCUAGUUCUUGGUGGUUCGCCCAGGCGUAAAGGGACGCGCUUUACCACUUUUCCCGAAAACACUUUUCUUCUCUAGAUAAGCAGGCAAACGGGGCAGCGGUGCUCUGCUUUCUCUGUCUUACACCUGAGAUGAAAAAGAUGGCUUGACUUUCCAUUAAAACUCUUGCCACGG